GUUUGUAGCUCGCUCCGUGGUCUAGAAGACGCCAUCCACUUGCUGCUCUAAAGUUAAACCACACUUUCUAUUAUGGGUCGACUCGAUGGGAAGGUCAUCAUCCUGACAGCUGCUGCUCAGGGGAUCGGCCGGGCAGCUGCCUUAGCUUUUGCAAGAGAAGGCGCCAAAGUCAUAGCCACAGAUAUCAAUGAGCCCAGACUUCAGGAACUGGAAGAGUACCCGGGUAUUCAAACUCGGGUCCUUGAUGUCACAAAGAAGAAACAAAUUGAUCAGUUUGCCCGUGAAGUUGAGAGAAUUGAUGUUCUCUUUAAUGUUGCCGGUUUUGUCCAUCACGGAACCAUCUUGGACUGUGAAGAGAAAGACUGGGACUUCUCAAUGAAUCUCAACGUCCGCAGCAUGUACCUGAUGAUCAAGGCAUUUCUUCCUAAAAUGCUCGCUCAGAAAUCUGGCAAUAUUAUCAACAUGUCCUCUGUGGCUUCCAGCAUCAAAGGAGUUGUUAACAGAUGUGUCUACAGCACAACCAAGGCGGCUGUGAUUGGCCUCACAAAGUCUGUGGCUGCAGACUUCAUCCAGCAGGGUAUCAGGUGCAACUGUGUGUGUCCAGGAAUGGUUGAUACCCCAUCUCUGCAAGAAAGAAUACAAGCCAGACCAAAUCCUGAGGAGGCACUGAGCAAUUUUCUGAAAAGACAGAAGACUGGAAGAUUUGCAACUGCAGAUGAAAUAGCCCUGCUAUGUGUGUAUUUGGCUUCUGAUGAAUCUGCCUACAUAACAGGUAAUCCUGUCAUCAUUGAUGGAGGCUGGAGCUUGUGAUUUCAGGAUCUUCUUGCUGAGAAGGCAGUCCCUUCCCAUCAACAGUGAACCUGUUCAUGAAAACUCACUCAUCAUGUCUUUCCUGUUAAAGGAAAUAGCAAUCAAAACAAGCCCUUUUUAAUGAUGUCAUUAUUCACAAGAGUCUGAUUCUAUAAAUAUGUUAAUUUCUUCUAAUCUCUCCUGAAAUCACUGUAGAUGACAUAAAGGUAAUAAGCUCA